UGGGAAGUUGCAGAAACACCGAGAGAGCACGAGAGAGAGAGAGAGAGAGAGAGAGAGUGGCCGGAAACGAGGAAGAUGGCGAUGCGGUCCCUGCUCCGCAAAGGCCCCGCCCUCGCCCGCGCUCUCGGGUCGCCGGCGUUCCACGCGCCUUCGCCGACGCCGACGCUCCGUCCCAGAUCCCCGACGUUCCAGGCGGUGCAACCGGCGGCGGGGUCUCGAUCCCUGUCGCAGGGUCAAGGCGCAGCGGCGGAGGAGAUGGGAGAAAUACGGCGUCGGUUUGGUGAAGUGGUCAGAGCUGGCAUUGAGGAGGAUGAUAGGACUAGGAAGAAACUUAAGAUGAUCAUGUGGGCAUCCAAUGCUAUUAUUAUCCUCAGCGUGACCUCAAGUCUUCACAUGCUCAACAAUUUCUAGUAAUGAGUAGAUUCUAAGCUGUCUUGGUUGGAACUAUGGUUUUGCUUCAUUGUAAUCCAAGCUAUUUAAGAACCUGUCUAGUAACUCUCAUUUUCUUUAUCCCGAUGUUUUUUUCUUCGCUCGAAAACUUGCAGCUAUCUCCUACAGAAGUUGUCUCUGGUCGAUUAAAAACUUAUACUUUUUCCUAAUAAGUAGGAUUAGUUAGUAUUAAAAUCGAAGUUGGAGUUGGAGUAUGAGAGUGAAUUUAUUGCCAGAUUCUGUCCGA